AUGUAUUGUAGUAUCACGAAGGCUCGUGCCUCGGUUCAAAGAUCUCACUCCAGAAGAGACAGCCGAUAUAUUUCUGACUACUCAAAAGGUUGGGAAAGUGGUCGAACGCGGGUAUGAGGGAACUUCACUGACAAUUGUUAUGCAGGAUGGAACGGCUGCAGGACAGACGGUAAGCUCAUCGGCAUUAGCGGCGUGUCGUUCACGAACAGGAAUGAUAUUUGUAACGAUUCCGUGUUCAUCUUUACCGAUAAGAACUUACGCCCUGCCGUUUGCGCUCCAGGUACCACAUUGCCACGUCCACAUAAUUCCACGUAGAUUCGGUGAUUGGGCCAACAAUGACGAUAUUUACAUUGAUAUUGAUAAAACAAAGUAUACGCAGCAGCCGAGAGCACAACGGCGAUGA